AAGAACCAAGUUUUAACCACCAACAUUUGGCUGCAGAUGAUCACUAUUUACAGUGGAAUGUGUCAGAAUAUCCGGGCGUGAAGACUGUUCGUUUCCCAGAUGGCCUGAUUUGGAAGCCAGACAUUCUUCUCUAUAACAGUGCUGAUGAGCGAUUCGAUGCCACAUUCCACACCAACGUGUUAGUUAACUCUUCUGGGCAUUGUCAGUACCUGCCUCCAGGCAUAUUCAAGAGCUCCUGCUACAUCGACGUGCGCUGGUUCCCCUUUGAUGUGCAGCAGUGCAAACUGAAGUUUGGGUCCUGGUCUUACGGAGGGUGGUCCUUGGAUCUACAGAUGCAAGAGGCAGAUAUCAGUGGAUAUAUACCAAACGGAGAAUGGGACCUUGUGGGAAUCCCAGGCAAGCGGAGUGAGAAGUUCUAUGAGUGUUGCAAAGAGCCCUACCCAGACGUCACCUUCACAGUGACCAUUCGCCGCAGGACCCUCUACUAUGGCCUCAAUCUGCUCAUCCCCUGUGUGCUCAUCUCUGCGCUGGCCCUCCUCGUCUUCUUGCUCCCUGCAGAUUCAGGGGAGAAAAUUUCCCUGGGGAUAACGGUUUUACUCUCUCUCACUGUCUUCAUGUUGCUGGUGGCUGAGAUCAUGCCUGCGACAUCCGACUCGGUGCCCUUGAUAGCCCAGUACUUCGCCAGCACCAUGAUCAUCGUGGGCCUCUCCGUGGUCGUGACGGUGAUCGUGCUUCAGUACCACCACCACGACCCCGACGGCGGCAAGAUGCCCAAGUGGACCAGGGUCAUCCUUCUGAACUGGUGCGCCUGGUUCCUGCGCAUGAAGAGGCCGGGGGAGGACAAGGUGCGGCCGGCAUGCCAGCACAAGCCGCGUCGCUGCAGCCUGGCCAGUGUGGACGUGAGCGCGGUGGCGGCCCCGCCCACCACCAACGGCAACCUGCUCUACAUCGGCUUCCGCGGCCUGGACGGAGUGCACGGCGCCCCCACCCCCGACUCGGGCGUCGUGUGCGGCCGCAUGGCCUGCUCCCCCACGCACGACGAGCACCUCCUGCACGGCGGGCAGCCCUCCGAGGGGGACCCGGAUCUGGCCAAGAUCCUGGAGGAGGUGCGCUACCUCGCCAACCGCUUCCGCUGUCAGGACGAGAGCGAGGCCAUCUGCAGUGAGUGGAAAUUUGCGGCCUGCGUGGUGGACCGCCUGUGUCUCAUGGCCUUCUCCGUCUUCACCAUCAUCUGCACCAUCGGCAUCCUGAUGUCAGCUCCAAACUUCGUCGAGGCCGUGUCCAAAGACUUCGCCUAACCUGGUCCUGGUCCCGCGCAUGUAGGAAGCGCACAGACAGGCGAUGCCGUUGGCUUGGGAGAACUUGGGGUGCUAGUCCCACAGCCACACUCGACGUGAGGACGCUGAUGUACCCGGAGCGCUCGCUGCCAGUCAUCUCCCUUAUAGUUUCCUUGUUACUUUCCGUAAUAGGAUCUCAGCACGGUUUUGUUUAAUCCUCUCAGAUGGGCGGCUUGAUAUUCUUGGAACAUCCUUAGGGUCACCAGCACCACUGAGAGGUCAUUUUGCCCAUUUCCCAAUGCCUGGGGAGCCCUUCAGAGAGGUCAGGGUGGCUCAGGACCACCAGGGGAGGCCUGUACAGUUGGUUUUGCAUGCCUGCAUGUCACUUGCCAAGAAGACCUAUGGAAACUUCAGCAUAAGCUUUUGCCUGUUUACAAACCUAGAUUGAAAGUAAUAAUAAUAGUAAUAAACCACACUCACUAGAUCCAUUCAAAUAAUUGGUAAAAGGACACACAACGAAAACUAAAAACCUAACUGCUGGUUUUUCCGUGAUUCAGGUUUUAUUUUUCUCUGCCAAAGAUGGUAGAGAGAAACAAUUUUACACUGUUCCUACGUUUUAUAAGAGAGAGCGAGACAUAGUUGGUCUUGUAAAUUAUGCUUUUACCAGCUUGAUUUCUGCCAACCUACCCUGUGGUGGGAAUCAGGAGGGACAUGGAUGUGUGUUGAUUCUGAACUAGGACCAGACCCACACAAGUUAGGGGGAUUUCUGUAGAUACCAGGUGACUCCCAAACUUCCUGUGCUGCCCUCAGACAUUGGGGAGUGCAGUUUGCUCUAUUCUGAAAAACCCAAAGGACAAAGAGGGUUCUAUUAGAAUUACCAGCCCAAUGUAAUAGCUAAAGUUAAAUUAAGCCAGCUAUGUGUGUGUGUGUGUGUGUGUGUGUGUGUGUGUGUUUAAUAAUGCAUUAGAUGUUUCUCGUGUGCUAGAGUUGGUUAGUCUUAGAAACUUGCGGGUCCGUACAAAUGCACAACAUAAAGUGGAAGUAUGCUAGGCUUUUCCUUAUGUCUCAAGGCCAAAGAGCAGGAUCUGGGACCUCUUCUGGUUCCUUGUAUGGCAGGAACUGGGAAGGGGAUGAUGUGGCCAGUGGCUUUCCUGGACGCAAGGCCAGUGGAAGUCAGCAGGAGGGGCUGACGGGCUGAGGGUGGCUAUUCACCCAGUAACUCCAGUCUCUGGCUUUUAGGGAUCUGCUUUCCCACAGCUCAAUGACCCCAGCGUUAGCCCAGAAAGGUGGCUUGAACAGGUAGAUUCCCUGGAGAUCAGCAUUUUGAAAGCAAGGGAAACUUUCAUUUUAAACCUGUGUGAUGACACAGUUCUCCACUUACAUUAUCUAGCUGGCAGUGGUCGCCCUGCCUCUUCCUGUUUUCCUUAUUUUUUAAUGCGAUCAGAGGGAGACAACAAAAUCUCUCCUGUUCUGUUGUUUCGUCUAGUAACAGAUCCGAGCUCAAAAACUGCAGAAGGCUUUGAGCUCCUGGGGAUCUUUAAUUUGCUUCUAACCCCUGAGAUGGAUGUAUUAUGGGGGAAGAUUAGAUUUUCAGAGCAAAAGAAAUUGCAUACCUUUCUCCAGCCAUUUACUUCACUCAUUUCUGGGUAAUGCACAUGGAUUUGUUUGCACUGAGGAGAAUGGAGGCUUGGGCAUGCUCCGUGUGUGGGGGCGCGUGAGCGCUGAGUGUGCAGCUGCAGGGGGACGCCUUGUUUAGGACAAGAAGGUUGAUAAGUAAGCGCAUUCUAGCUAAUAUCACGCCAUUUGGAGCAAGGUUGUCCUCAGAGUUCAGCCAGUCCACAUGGGAUGGAUGAACAAUGCACAAUCUUUUCUUUCUCUCUCUCUUUUUUUUUUCUAUUGUAGACACAAGUAGAAGUGUUUUGAUAUAUCAGGGAAUGCUUCAUUUCUUAUUGCUACCUGAAAAUUAAUCCCAUAACACUUUUGCUUAGAAAAAGAAAACUUUUUUGAUUUUGUAUUUAUACAGAAAAACAUAAAAAAACAAACAAAAGUAGUUUAUAUGUUGACCACUCGACUAAUACUCUGCCAUUUUAAAAAGUAAUAAUAAGGAAAAGAUGCACAUGUAGUAAGAAAGGCAUGAAUAGCUACAGAAACCACCGGUGAGUGAGCUUCUGAGGGCUAGGGGACAUUUCCAGAAAGGAAGAAAAAGAAAGGGAGGGAGGCCAGGAGGGGGAGGAAGGGGGCAUGGAGAGAGGCUCCUUUACUACCACUCAUGAUAUGCACAGCACUCUGCACUUUGCUUUCUGCGAUUAGUAUUUCAUCCUUCCAUAACAACAUAUAAAGAUCUACCUCAUUCUUCUUAAUAGCUGCUUAGCAUUCCAUUCUCUUGGUGGAUAUAAUUUUUUGGUUAAUCUGUUAGUGAACAUAUAGAGUUUUUCCAGUUUUUAUUUUUAUACACAAAUCUGUAGUUAGCAUCCUUGAUUUAUAGCUUAGGAUACGUUUUUGACCAUAUCUUGGUAUAAAUUAUAAGUGGGAAAUGAGAAUUGCUGGAUUUAAGGCUAUGUGCAUUUAACAUUUUGGUAGGUAUUGCCAGAUUACCCUCCAAAUACCGAUCAAUGAAUAUACCUACCAAAAGUAUAAAGAAAAGGCCAGUUUCUCAACUUUCUCAGUACUGGGUAUUAUCAAACUUAAUAUUUUUUUCCAAUCUGGUAAAAAUUAUAUUGCAAUGUUAUUCUGAUUUAGCUCAUUUUAUUAUGAAGUUAAGUAUCUUUCAGAUAUUUUUUAGAAAUUUCAAUUUUUGUAAAUUUAUGUCCUUUACAUAAUUUUGGGUUAUUUGGCUUUUUCUUAAUUAAUUUUAGCCUGUGUACUUUGGAACUUCCCUGUCUUAUAUCUUGAAAAUAUUCUUAUUUUUUUAGAAAAUAUUUUUAUUUGUUUAUUGUCUUUUGAUGUUAUUUAUUGAUUUCUUAGCAUAUAGAAAGUUUAAAGUUUUAUGUUGUCAAUUUAUCCAGAUCUGCUUUGGUAGAUCCUGGGAUUUGUUUCCAGUUUUAAAAGGCCUUUCCCCAUUCUGAGAUUAUAAAUAAAUUUACUCAUAUUUUUUUCUAAAUUUUUAUGGUUUCAUUUGUUUACAUCUUCUAACUCCCUGGAAUUCAUUCACUGCAGGAAAUGAAGGUAAAAAUGAAUUUUUUUUCUCUCCAAAUGGUCAGUUGUGCCAACAAAAUAUAUAACAGUGUAUCCCUGUAAUACAGUUAGUCUUUUCCCCAUUUUGUUCAGAAUGCCUCCUUGUUUGUAAACUAAAUUCCUGUUAAGUGUUUUGGGGCUAUUUAUACUUAUUGGUUUGUCUCUCUGUGAAUGCCUUUCAUUUCUGAAGCUUUAUUCAUAUAUCAAAUAUUCAUAUAUUAAUAUUUUCAAGUUAACCAUCCCCCUUAACACUUUUUUGCCUCUACCUUCCCCUCUUCCUCUCUCUUCUCUAUUUCCCUCUCCCAUACAUACGUUUUUUAAUUUAAAUUCAA